AUGGCCUCUACUGCUACCACCGUCCCCACUCAGGACCAUGUCCUCGUCCCCGAGACUCUCCUGAAGAAGCGCAAGAGCCAGGAGCAGGCUCGCGCUGUCGCCCGUGAGGAGGCUGAGAAGAAGAAGGCCGCCAGCAAGGAGAAGCGUGCCGCCAUCUUCAAGCGCGCCGAGUCCUACGUCAAGGAGUACCGCGAUGCUGAGCGUGAGAAGAUCCGCCUUGCCCGCGUUGCUCGCAAGGAGGGUAACUUCUACGUUCCUGAGGAGCCCAAGCUUGUCUUCGUUAUCCGUAUCAAGGGUAUCAACAAGAUCUCUCCCCAGCCCCGCAAGAUCCUGCAGCUCCUCCGUCUGCUCCAGAUCAACAACGGCACCUUCGUUCGCCUUACCAAGGCUACCCAGGAGAUGCUGACCAUCAUCAACCCCUACAUCGCCUACGGUUACCCCAACCUCAAGAGCAUCCGUGAGCUCAUCUACAAGCGCGGUUACGGAAAGGUCAACAAGCAGCGCGUUGCCAUCUCCGACAACCAGAUCAUCGAGGAGAACCUCGGCAAGUACGGCAUCGUCUGUGUUGAGGAUCUGAUCCACGAGAUCUACACCGUUGGCCCCAACUUCAAGCAGGCCAACAACUUCCUCUGGCCCUUCAAGCUCUCCAACCCCACUGGUGGCUUCCACAAGCGCAAGUUCAAGCACUUCAUUGAGGGUGGUGACUAUGGUAACCGUGAGGAGAACAUCAACGCCCUCAUCCGCCAGAUGAACUAG